AUGGACACUGUAGAAAAAAUUGUCGGAAGUGAUGUAAUUUUACUUUGGCUUGAUGAACAUAUUGGUCAAACUGAAAAUUGUAUUGAACUUAAACAAGAAUUUGAAUCAAAUACAACUAAUAUAUAUUUCUUUAAUGAUGUUGAUCAAUGUCGUCGAUUUUUAUCAUUAAUUAAACAACAACAAAAAAAACUUUUCUGUAUUAUUCAAGGUAAACAUGCACAAGCUAUUGUUCCAGAUAUAAUUAAAUAUGGAAUUUCACCAGUUGUUUAUAUUUUUUGUUUUGAUAUGAGUCAUCUACAAGAAUGGGCUUUAGACAUUGACUGUAUAUUAACUGGUGGUGUAUUUACUCAUGAAAAAGAUCUUUUGGCUAGAUUAACACACGAUUUAUCUGAUUAUGCUAAUUUAAAAGUUACAGAAUAUCGUGUAAAAAGAGUUGCUUGUGAUGAAUGGGCACAAAAUUUAACUAGAAAUGCUAAACGAUUUCGAAAUGAACAAUGUACUUUAACUUAUCGUACAGAUCCAUUCAAUGAACAGGAAUCAGCUUGUGUACAACCGAAUGAAUAA